AUGACCUUCUCACACACCCAUCUAAUUCCGUCAAUUUCUAUAUCGAAUCCGAUUCCAAAACAACAAACACGGUUUCCAUAUAUCUGUACUGACGAUUUACCAUGUUUGAAAUCGAGGAGAAAGAACCCUAGAGGAUUCAAGACGUCUUUUUCAGUAGAUAAAGAAGAAUUGAGCGAAAAACCGAAUGGUGGAAAUGAAGAAGAAGAAGAAGAAGAUAUGAAGAAAAAAGGAGGAGAUGAAAAGCCGCGGUUCAAUUUGAAGUGGACCGAGUUGCUGUUUGAUCCGGAUCCGGAUAAUGUGGUGGCAGUAGGGUUAACCGGAGUUUUGGCGUGGGCGAGUGUACAAGUUUUAUGGCAGCUGUUUGUCAUAUCGUUUGCGAUACUGAUUGCUGCUGUCAAGUACUCUUUUAUCGCUGCUCUGCUUAUCUUCAUUCUUAUUACUCUGCUUUGA